GUCGCGAGCGGCCUCAUGAGCCGAGCGCGGGGGGCGCCGUGCAGGGCCUGCCUCGCGCUCUCGGCGGCCCUGGCCGCGCUGCUGCUGCUGCUGCUGCCGCUGCCCCGUCUGCCCGCCCCGGCCCCAGACCCGCUGGCCCCAGCCCCCGCCGCGACCCUCCCCGGGCCUACCGCCGGCCUGCGCCCCGACGAUGUCUUCAUCGCCGUCAAGACCACCCGGAAGAACCACGGGCCGCGCCUGGGGCUGCUGCUGCGCACCUGGAUCUCCCGCGCCAGUCAGCAGGUCCCGAACCGCGAACCCCCACUUCGCAGGGCGGCCCCAGUCUCUGAGCUCACCAGACCCAGCGCGCAGACUACCGGAUCAGCGCCCUCCUGGGCCACAGCUCAGCCGACCUUCAUCUUCACUGACGGAGAUGACCCUGAGCUACAGCUCCAGUGGGGCAGUCAUGUCAUCAACACCAACUGCUCAGCCGUACACAGCCGCCAGGCGCUCUGCUGCAAGAUGGCGGUAGAAUAUGACACGUUCAUCGAGUCGGGGCGCAAGUGGUUCUGCCAUGUGGAUGAUGACAACUACGUGAACCCUGGAAGCCUGCUGCGGCUGCUGGCCUCCUUCUCACCCAGCCAGGACGUGUACCUGGGUCGGCCCAGCCUGGACCACCCCAUCGAGGCCACUGAGCGGGCCCCAGGGGGCGGCACUGUCACCACAGUCAAGUUCUGGUUUGCCACUGGUGGGGCUGGAUUCUGCCUCAGCAGAGGCCUUGCCCUCAAGAUGAGCCCGUGGGCCGGUUUGGGCAGCUUCAUGAGCACGGCUGAGCGGGUACGGCUCCCGGACGACUGUACUGUGGGCUACAUCGUGGAGGGGCUGCUGGGCGCGCAUCUGCUGCACAGCCCACUUUUCCACUCACACCUGGAGAACCUGCCGCAGCUCCCAGCCGAUGCUGUGCUCCAGCAGGUCACCUUGAGCUAUGGGGGUCCAGAGAACCUGCAUAAUGUGGUGAAUGUGGCCGGAGGCUUCAGCCUGCAGCAGGACCCCACUCGGUUUAAGUCGGUCCACUGUCUCCUCUACCCAGACACGGACUGGUGCUCUGCACAGCAGCGGGGCUGACUGCAGCCCCUUGGUGACCCACAAACUCUGACCCGGGUGCAGGCAGAUGAUGUUCUGUCUGACCUCCACAGUGUGGCCAGUGGGUCACGCACUGUGCCAACCAUUUGGCAAGGAGAGGACAGCACGUCCUGCCUGAGGACUGGCAUCUCGUUGAUCAUUUGGCAAUAAGAGGACAGCAUUUCCCACCUGGGGACGGGCACCGUGCUGAACACUCAGCAAUGGGAGGACAGCGUGUCCCGCCUGGGGAUGGGCACUGUGCUAAGCAUUUGGCAACAGGAGGACAGUGUGUCCCGCCUGGGGAUGGGCACUGCACCAAGCAUUCAGCAACAAGAGGGCAGCGUGUCCUGCCUGGGGCCAGGCUCUAGUGCCACUCGCUGCCCUGAGAAGGGAAGGGAGGGGCCGCAGAGCCCUGGGGGGCACCCAAACAGGCCACCACAGGGGCCAGCACUGUGCUCCCAGGGCAGGCUGAGGCCACGGUAUCCUGCUUCUUACAGUGGCUCUGCCCUGGGACAGUGCGUCCACCUCCCACCCCAUCUCCCCAGCUUGCUCUGGGCCUUCCACCCCCCAUGGUGGGUCCCAGUGGGUCCUUCGCCCAUAUCACCCUUGUCUCCAGGCCUCCCUGGCACGGCCCCUCUGCUCUCUGGAUUCCUGCCCAAUAAACCCUCUUUGAGCUCCGCAGUGACUCACUUCCCCACUCGCCAGCAGCCCCCACAGCUAAGGCAAGAGGGUGCAGAGGUGGCUUCAACUGCUGGACCCAGUUGUCAGGGAUCCUCACUGGCCCUCUGGGGGACCUGCCCCCAAGGAAGGAGGCCCUUGAGCGGCUCGGCCUGAUGCAUGCCCCCUCAGCCUUAGUCUGCUGUGGCCUCCUCUGGGGAUGGAUGUGUUCCCAGCAGCCUUUGGGCCAGGCCUCUCUCUCCACUUCGGCUUCCUCAGCCUACCUUAGUCAAGUUAGGUACAAAAAGACACAGGAAAAUACAACCCACAAUGAGGGGAAUAAUUGAGGAAUCAGAACUCUAUCAGUCUGGGUCCAACCAGAAAAAAGAAACCACCCAGUAACUUGAACAGAGAAAACAUAAAGAAUUUUCAUCUGUAACGUGGUUGGAGAAAGGAGGAAUUGUUUAGUAACAAACAAGGAACACUCUGAAGAAUACAGGACUAACAGGUAUAAAGACGUAUAAGUAUUUGCCACCCGCAGGGCUGAAAUAGAGUGCCAGAGAGGACACCCCCACAGGGCUGAGACACAGGCCUUGUUGGAAGGGGACGGCCGGGGUCACUGGGUCGCAGCGAGGCAGCUGUGGUGCUGGACAUCUGCCCUCUGGGGUGCAAGGGAAGGCUGUUCACAGGGAGGUGCCUUCCCAGAGACACUCCUGCACAAGUGCCGAGACAGGUGCAGGAAAAAGCUGCUGCGGAGCUGGGCCUGGGAAGCCUCUAUGCUCAGGAGCCCACACGCUGUAGAAAAGGGGAUCCACCAAGGCACAUCGCAGUCAGAUUGAUCCAAGCAGUGAACAAGGGAAAAGCUUCAAACCCAGAGGAAAAAAAAACAUGUAGCAAGAAUCAAAGGAAAAAACAACAGCUUUUUUUAUCAGAAACACCACAAGCUGGAAGUACUGAAAAAGACAAAAAUACCUCAUCAACCUAGGAUUCUAUACUCAACCAAGUUAGCCUUCGGAAACAGACUCAUACAGACAAGCUGAGUUUCCCACCGACAGAGCCACACCACAGAAAGCGCUGAGGGAAGUCCUUCAGGCAGAGGGAGACAGACGCCUGAGGUGGCCACACAGGCCUGCACAAAGGCAGGAGGUUGUCACCAGAAGUGCUGACUGUGGGGAAGUGUGUACUUUUUCUCAUGUAACUCUUUAAAAAAUAAUUGGCUGUUUAAACAAAAAUAAUGACAGGGUAAUAUGGGGUUUAUAACAAACUUAGUUAAGUGUAGGACGGUGUCACAAAGUCCUGGGGAUAGGAAGGGAAGUUGUAAGGCCCUCGGGCUAUGCAGAAAGUGGGGGUCUGUGAUAAGCUGAAGAAGUAGACAAUAAGCCCUAAAACGACCACUAAAAUAACACGGUCAUAUUGAACAAACGGGCAACAAAGGUAAACGGAAUCCCACUUAAACCCACCUCUCUGUGGAAUGUCACUGGUCCUGCUCCUCCCAGCAGCUGAGAGGCAGAGUGGGGUGGCUUACACGAGGACUUGCAGGUGGUAGCAGGGAGUACCAAUCUAAGGGGGUGCCAAAAUCCCAGUAAUGAAGACAUAGACAUAUUUUUUAAUUGUGUAUUAGGUGAAAGUUUACAGAGCAAAUUCAUUUCCCAUUCAAUAGUUCAUACUUAAAGUGUUCCAAGACAUUGGUUUCAUUUCCCACAAUGUGUCAGCACUCUCCCCAUUUCUGUCGGAGACAGUAUUUUAAUGCAAUAUUUAAAAAAAAAAUCAAACGAUGCAAAAAUGCCCAUGAUGAACAAAAUACCAGAAUUUUAAGUCAGGAUCCGGGUUACUGUUUCCUUCUGCAUCAGUGACUCACCGGCAUUGUUGCUGGUCUUGUCCGCACUGUCCACCUCCCGGGUACUCUCCCCAGGCCAGACCUAGUGUACUGGCUAUGCCUUAGGGCCCAGUUUACAGGUGGAGAAAGUGAUGCCCUGUGAGGUCCCGGGCCCUCCAGCCCCCCAACCCCAGGUUGUGGGCAGGGUUUGCCCUCGAGCCACUGCACUUCUCCCGGCUCUGUCCACCUGGUAAGUCAAGGUCUUGCUUUCCAACUUGAGUGCCAGGUGCAGGGGGUGGGGGGCAGGUCUUGGGAGAAGGAAGCUUGGUUUUGGGUGCCGGCACUGAGGUAGAUGUGGGUCUUCAGUUAGCUUGUGGGGCCCACAGAGCACUGCCAAGGGCCUGCCUGGGAUGCUGUCACCUGGCCCACGGCAGGAGGAGCCAGGGGUCCACUGUCCUGCUUGGCUAAGCACCAGAGAAAGGGGCUGUGUGAAGAUAGCCAGGGCUACUCACUCACACAGCACCUGCCUGCCUCGUGGGGCCCUGCCGGUGGCCUCGGCUGAGCCCUGCAGGAUUUGGGGUAGGAAGGAAGGAGCAGGAUCUGCCCCAUGGCCUCAGGACCCUGCAGUCCAGCUUGCCAAGGCAGAGCAUUUGCAGGUGUCUUGUCUCGGGUCAUCUCCUUAAAGAGGGAAGGUACCCCACUGGCAGAGACGGCUUGUGAAACAGACAGGAUGGGUCCCAGCGUGGCGGCCCAUAGCAUCACGCCAGUCAAAGUCCGCAGUGUGAAUGACCCGAGAACAGUGUACAUCGCAGCCCCCCAGCAGCCCUGGGGGUAGUAGAGGACGUGCCUACGUCAGCCCCACCCACCUCUGGGGGGCAGAGACGCAGCCCUCUAACUUAGUGGGCCUCAAACCCCAACGCUGCCCAGGUGCCUUUUCAGCUUGGUUUAGGCACCAGGAGAGUGGACUAAACCUUUUGGUUAGCAGCCAAGCACUUAAGAGAGUGGAUUAGCAUGUGCCUAAAGCCAGGCUUCCACCAACCAGAGACUCGGUCUCAGCUGAUGGCAGAGCGUGAACUAGGUGUGAACGAGCCCUCUCCUCUGUCUGGGCCCAAACCCCAAGUCCCCAGCGAGGGGCUCCGGUUCCAGGAGCCUGUUCAGUCCCCAGGGUCACCUGGCCCUGCGCAUGUGCUGCAGUCCUCAACCACAGGCGUCUGGGCGGGUGCAGCCCCCUCCUCUCUGAUGCCAUUGGAUCCCUGCCUCAAAUUCUGACCUCUGCCCCCUCAGCCCAGAGCCCCACAGGCACUGCUCGGGCUCC